AAUAGGAAGGAGGAUCGCUUGCUUUGCGCAGAGGCUGAGCCACAGGAGAAAGCAAAGCCAAUGUGAUUUAUUGAAUGAAAGCUCUGUACAAUUACCAACAACUUGUUCCCCUGCUGCCUCAAGCAACCUACACUGGAAUUUCCAGGUGAAAAUGACACAACAAAUGCAGAACUUACAUCUUUCUCAAUCCAAAAAACAUAGUGCUCCAUCCUCUCCUAAUGCUGCCAAACGCCUAUACAGGAAUCUUUCCGAGAAGUUGAAGGGGAGUCACUCGUCAUUUGAUGAAGCCUAUUUCAGAACAAGGACUGACAGGCUGAGUCUCCGAAAGACCUCAGUGAACUUCCAGGGCAAUGAAGCUAUGUUUGAAGCAGUUGAACAGCAAGACAUAGAUGCUGUGCAAAUCCUUCUAUAUCAAUAUACACCAGAAGAAUUAGAUCUCAACACACCAAACAGUGAGGGAUUGACACCCCUGGAUAUUGCCAUCAUGACCAACAAUGUGCCCAUUGCUAAGAUUCUUCUGAGGACAGGUGCCCAAGAAAGCCCACACUUUGUCAGCCUGGAGAGCAGAGCAAUGCAUCUCAACACUCUGGUACAGGAAGCCCAGGAGCGAGUGAAUGAACUGUCAGCUCAGGUGGAGAAUGAAGGAUUCAGCCUAGACAACACAGAGAAAGAGAAACAGCUGAGAGCUUGGGAAUGGAGGUAUCGGCUCUACAGACGCAUGAAAACAGGCUUCGAACAUGCCAGAGCCCCCGAGGUGCCAACCAAUGCCUGUCUCAUGGUAACCAGUAGCACAGCACUCACUGUCAGCUUUCAAGAGCCUCUUAGUGUCAACGCAGCUGUAGUAACCAGAUAUAAAGUGGAAUGGAGUUUGUCUAAAACCUUCUGUCCUUUGGCUGGAGAGAUCAUCAUGGAAAACCUACAGAUGCUAAGAUGCACAAUCACUGGACUUACAAGGGGUCAACAGUAUUUUGUUCAAGUCUCAGCCUAUAACAUGAAAGGAUGGGGACCUGCUCAGAUCACAACGCCAGCCUGUGCCUCUCCUUCUAACUGGAAAGACUAUGACGACAGAGAGCCUAGACACAAGGGACAGAAUGAAGUCUUGGAAGGUCUGCUGCAGCAGGUCCGAGCCCUUCAUCAGCAUUAUAGUUGUCGGGAAAGUUCAAAAUUACAAACCACUGGUCGCAAGCAGUCAGUCUCAAGGAGCCUGAAACAUCUAUUCCACUCAUCAAACAAGUUUGUUAAGACCUUAAAACGGGGACUCUACAUAGCCAUUAUAUUUUAUUACAAAGACAAUAUGCUAGUCACCAAUGAAGAUCAAAUACCAAUUGUUGAAAUAGACGACUCUCACACCAGUUCCAUUACACAAGAUUUUCUGUGGUUCACAAAGCUGUCUUGUAUGUGGGAAGAUAUAAGAUGGUUGAGGCAAAGUGUACCAAUCUCCAUGUCCUCUUCCACAGUCCUCCAAACUCGGCAGAAGAUGCUUGCAGCAACAGCCCAGCUACAGAAUUUACUUGGAACACACAAUUUGGGAAGAGUUUAUUAUGAACCCAUUAAGGACCGGCAUGGAAACAUUCUCAUAGUUACCAUCAGAGAAGUAGAGAUGCUCUAUUCGUUUUUUAAUGGCAAAUGGAUGCAGAUCUCAAAGCUGCAAAGCCAGAGGAAGUCUCUGUCAACACCAGAAGAGCCUACAGCCUUAGACAUUUUACUGAUAACCAUCCAGGAUAUUCUCUCCUAUCACAAACGGAGUCAUCAGCGUCUCUCUCCUGGACUAUAUCUGGGUUACCUAAAGCUCUGUAGCUCUGUGGAUCAGAUCAAAGUCCUUGUUACCCAGAAAUUACCCAACAUUCUCUGCCAUGUAAAGAUCCGUGAAAAUUUUAACAUUUCCAAAGAAGAGUGGGAAUGGAUCCAAAAACUUUCUGGCUCUGAAUCUAUGGAAAGUGUGGAUCAUACUUCUGACUGCCCCAUGCAAUUGUUCUUCUACGAGCUCCAGAUGGCAGUGAAAGCUCUCCUUAAGCAGAUCAAUAUACCUCUUCACCAGGCACGGAACUUCCGCCUCUACACACAGGAGGUGUUGGAAAUGGGUCACAAUGUGUCCUUUCUUCUCCUGCUCCCUGCCUCAGACGACGUCUGUACAGCCCCAGGACAGAAUAAUCCUUACACCCCACACUCAGGGUUUCUUAACCUCCCUCUUCAGAUGUUUGAACUUGUUCAUUUCUGCAGCUACAGGGAGAAAUUUAUUAGUCUGUAUUGCCGCCUUUCUGCUGUUAUGGAACUGGAUUCUCUGAAUACUCAACAGUCCCUGAGGGAAGCAAUCUCAGACAGCGAGGUUGCAGCUGCCAAACAAAGACACCAGCAAGUUUUAGAUUUCAUCCAGCAAAUUGAUGAAGUUUGGCGUGAAACAAGAUGGAUCAUGGAUGCUCUGCAGUACGCAAGAUACAAACAACCAGUUUCUGGCUUACCCAUCUCUAAGCUGAUAGACCCUUCAGAUGAACAAAACCUAAAGAAGAUCAGCUCCACAUCAUCACAUAUAGAUUGUCUUCCAUCCCCGUCCCCAUCCCCAGAGAUGCAUAGAAGAAAAGCAGUGAGUGAUUCACAGCCCGGCUCCGAUGAGGAAGGCUGCUCCGAAGUUUUCCUUCCCACCGACAGCGACUACGACUCCAGUGAUGCCCUGAGCCCCCGAGACCUGGACCUGCUCUACCUGUCCUCACAGGACAUCUCACAGCAGGCACUAAGCGGCCUAAGUGGCAGUGCCCCCGACGUCCUCCAAGUGCAUGACAUGAAGUCUCCAUCAUUGUCAUCAUCAUCAUCGGGGCCUGCACUGGACCCCCAGAGCCGGGUCCAGGGCACGGAGCCUGAUCACACUUGUGUGGAAUUCCUCCACAAUCUGACACUCAGCAACUUCCCGCCCAAGAACCAUGUCAAGAUGGCACCGGGAGCAAGGCCGCCACUGGGCUUCCUGGGAAAGCGAAAGUCGCAGGCCAAGCACCAGCACUAUGGUGGCUUUAGCCGUCAUCACCGUUGGCUGCGUAUGCACAGUGAGACACAGUCUCUCUCACUGUCAGAAGGUGUCUACACACAGCACCUUUCCCGCGCCUGUGGCCUGGCCCCUGAAGCUGGACAAGUGGAGGGUGUGGGACCUUCCACGGUAGGGCCCCGAGGCCUGUCUCUGGCCCACUCCACGAGUCUCCCAGAAGAGCGGAGGAGCCACCUGCAGGACCCGAGGCCCUCAGUGCACCAUCUCUAUGUGAAGCCCUACUCUAGGGCCAUGGACUCAAAGGCCUGGGUGGGCUUGAGCCCAACCUCAAGGGGCCACACUGGUUUGCCCAGCCCCACCAACCCCGAGAGGAGUCCUGAGGGUGCCACCAGCCCUGUGUCAGAAAUCCUCAGCAGCAUGCUUUAGGGCGGCCCAUAGAUCCUAUCCACCUCUGUUCCAUCCCAAAGUCUGGCAUUUUCACAUUAUCUUUGCCCCUGCCUGUCUAUCCCCUACUGUAUUCCCACCCAUUUCCAAGUGGCUUGAAAAUACAUGCAAAUGGCAGAUUCUAGGCCCUCUUAUAGCAGAGUUUCAGUGAACUAAAGAGUUGCGAGGGUCUUCCCCAAUUCGUCCUGAAAGAGUAGAUAAGAGAUCUACUACCUGGAGCCCCUGAAAGCAAAGAAUCAAACAUACAUAGUGAUUGGUGGCCACUAUAGGUGGAAAGAGUGCUCCUAAGAGCCACCCUCCAUUCUAGAUCUGGCCCUGUAAUCUGAUCCCUUGGUUUAGGGCUGUCAUCAAUUUAUAGUUGAUGGGGUGUGGAAUUAUUUAGGUAGAAAUUAAAUGAGCACAGAUUUCCCUCCUUUUGAAUUCUUUAGAGAAAUUUGGGGGGAAAGUCCCAAGUUGUAUCUCAAAGGUCCAGAGAGAAAUGAACUUGUCCAAGUGUCCCUAGAAGCUGCUAAAUUAUUCCAGAGUGCUGGGUCUCAUCCUCUCUGAACAGUCCUUUUCUUCACCUAGUGCUUUGUGAAAACAACCAGAAAUAAACACAGGGAAGCUUUUAGCUCCAUCUUUAAAAGAAAGGGAUAGAAAACAUCCCUACUUGCAAGCUCAGCUCCAAUUCAAGCAUGAAACAGGGUCAUAAAUUAUUCCAGGGUACAAGGAGAUAGUUAAGUUACAUGAAGGCCUUUAUAGAUAAAGCAAGGAGAAGGAAAGAGACAUUAGCAAGAAUAUAUUUGUUUUUCAAUCUGAAACUAAGUAAAUAAGUGGGACCUUUGUCUUUGAAAAUAACAGUGGAUAUCUUAGAUAAUAGAAUUGUCAUUGAAUAAUAAAAUUCUCUUUGCAAGCCAGAAAGAUAUUACAGAGGGUAAACCACUUCACUUACACACAGCUGAUCAGGGUUCCCUGCCAGACAUCCCAUAUGAUCCUCUGAGCCUGUCAGGAGUGAUCUCUAAACACAGAGCUAGGCAUAACCCCUGAUCAUCAGAGGGUAUGGCUCAAAAACAAGGAACUAAACAAAGAAAAUUCUCUUCAAACCAGCAAUGAAAGCUGAACUCCUUACUGCUAAAUAGACAAAAUCCGCUUACUCCACAACAAAGAUAGAUUGUUCGGGACUUGAGUUGCUACCUUCUCUGCUCAGUCCAUCCCUCCCAAAGUCAGUCUUGGCCCCCUGAAUCUGCUGGCCCCACCACUGAUUCUAAACUUAUUCUCAAAGAUUCACGAAAAUCCUUUCUUGAACUCACGGCCUCCCACCUGCCUUUCUCACAAAUGAGAACGGCAAAUCAAAGAAAAUCACAGUGUAUAUUCAAAAAAAAGGGCAUGAGUCUUCUCUAAUUUCCUGGAACCAAAACCUAUUCAGUUCAUUGAUAUUCUAAAUAGUCCUUUCUUGCUUCACAGGCAUUUCAGUUAAAUAUUGCUCUUUAUGGCCCUUCCCCUGUCCUCAACAGUUCUACCAUUCCUCCUCAUGGGAGUUCAUACAAAGUCUCCUGUUCACAAUGUUAUUCCGAUCCUUUCCAUUUUUAAAACAUUUGAUUUAAACAUAAAUAAUUAUCCUGGCAGAAAGGUAGAUUUGGCCCAUGGCCUAUGGUCAUUAGAAAACUAAAGCCGAGAGCUCAGCCUUUAAGAGA